AUGUCUCGGAAAUAUGGGAUCACAUUAACAGCGGCUUUCGUGCAGUUCCAAGGCCAGUUCAUCAACCUUCCAGAGGUACCUCCAGGCGUCUUCAACGUCAGUACACGCCUUGAGCUCCGAACCACUACAACAGCCGUCUGGGAUGCUCUUACGAAUUUCCCAGCCUAUGCGGACUGGAACCCUUUUGUGCGUAGCGCAACUCUCUCUAACCAGCUAAACAGCGCCGCGUAUCCAGUCGAGGGAGCGAACCUGUACAUGCGCGUACAAAUUCCGCCUCUGCCACUGCCCGUCGACGCCUCAACUCCCGAUAAUCCGCUGCACACGCAGAUUACUCUGGAAAACAUCACGCAUGUGCAGCCAGAGCGGUUGCGGCUGGCGUGGAAACAUGUCCUGCCGGAUGCCGUUCUGGAUGCGGAACGCUGGCAAGGGAUCAGCGACCUGGGGAAUGGAAAGGUGCUGUAUGAGAGCAGAGAGGUGUAUCGAGGGGCGGGAGCGAUUGCGAUCAAGGCGCUGUUUGCGGAGGGUUUACAGCAGGCGUUUGAUGCUCAGGGUGCGGGCUUGAAGUUGUUGCUGGAAGGGUAG